UUUUAGUUUAUUUUAUUUGUUUAAAGGUACAAACUAAAUUGUUUAAACAUAAUGUUUACAAGGUUAUAAUUUUAAAUUGCUGUUGCCAUCAUAACAUUUGUCCAGGCCAAUAAGCUUCUAAUAAAAUUGAUAAAAAUGUAAUGAUAACAUUACCCAAUAAGUAAGUUAAGUUGAAGUUAUGCUACUGAAAAAAAAACUUAAAAAUGUGAAUCCAUCAAUAGUUCAAUAGGAGCACAAAAAUAAUAAAAUACCUUGCCUAUUCAAACUUUACCAUCAUAUCAGAUUAUGGACUUUAUCGAAGAUAUUAUUGGGGAUAGCAACACAGCUGAAUAUCUAUUAAAAUUCAAGAAAAAUGACGAAAUAUCUGAAUUUGAUAGGACCAUUGGGCACAUUGAGGAUAUUUUAAUAGAUGAAGAGUUUGAAACUUUGCAAAAAGAGUUUUUAGAAAAAUACUGGAUGGAGUUUGAAAAUAAAGAAGAAAAUAAACACACCUAUAUGAUUAUUUUUCAAGAAUAUACAACAUCAAUUGAGGCCUAUCUGGAAGAAAGACUAAAACUUGAAAUGCCAGACUUUUGUAUGAAGACUUUCAGUCAAAGCCUGAUAGAAAGGAAAAAUGAGCUAGAAGGAGAAGUAUUUGAGAUGCUGCUUACAUUUUCAGACUUUCUGUCCUUCAAAGAAAUGGUACUGGAUUACAGGGCGGUUAAAGAAGGAGUUGCAGUUGACUUCAGCCAAGAUUUACAGAUAACAUCUCUUUUGAAUCCCUCUACAUCAACGAAGGCUGUAUAAAUUUGAAUUGAUUUGAUAACAUGUUG